AUGGAAGUGGCCGCCCUCAAGCGGUCGAAAGGCCCUUGCCAGGACCGUCUCGCAUCGCACAUCCAUCGUGAGACAAUGAUCUUCUCAAAGCUGAUGCUGCUCGCCGUCGGCGCUGGCGUCGUCAACGCUCUGCCGAUCCUCACCGUGCCCGACGCGCAGGAGGACGGCCUGGUUGAUCUCGACUCGCCGGCCUCCCAAGUCUCCAUUCGCUUCCUAAACGGGGACAACUCAAAGGCGGUGCUUGUGAAGUACACUGACAACGGAGUCUUGAAGCAGCUUCACAUCAACGCAAACAGUGAUACGGCCAGCUACGCUGUGGAUCCAACAAAGGAAAUCACGAUUCUGUCGGAGGAUCCCCACUACUACCGCGUGUGCACAGUGGCACCUGACACGCUCAAGGAGGACGAUGCCGUGUCUACUGCGAGCCCGUGGGGCAACUCGUGCAAGGUCUCUCGCCCUGCUCCGUCUCCGUCUCCGGCUCCGGCUGCAGAGGACCUGCAGUUUCAACGCUGCUUCAACAGCCAGGAAUGUCCUUGUGUCAAGCAUCUUGAUGGUCUCUGCCUUCUUUACGCCUUGUGUAACACGGCGCUCAACUAUUGGGUUCUGCUACUACGGUGCGCAAAAAGCCAAUGGUGCUUCUUGCUACUGGAAUUACGAAUGUGA